GGCUGAGGGGUCACUCCCAGGGGAUGGCUGCUCCAGUGGGCUCUGCUGAUGGCUGAGCUUUACUUCUGUGGAUUUGUAACAAAUGUUCUCUUUUAAAAGGUCCUGUUUGCAGCAGCAUUAGAGAUAAUAUUCCCAAGUGCAGCUCAGGGGUACUGGAACAAUUUGUAUAGUGUGGGUGCUGAGAGCCAUUGAACCAAACUGUAAACCCUGUUUAUAAUGGAAACCACUUCAAGUCAGAGGGUGCUGCAGCACCCCCCACACCUCUAGUUCCAGCACCUACUGCAGCCCAAGAGGCUGAGCUGGGCAGCAUGGCCAAGUGGUGGCGCUUUCUGCUGAGGGGUGGAACUGGGAAAUAGCACUCUCUCUGCUGGGGAGUCUGUCUCUGAUAGGGAAGAGGGCAGCUGGGCUGUCUCUCUCAUAUGGUUUGAGGGCAGCCAGUGGAUCUCUCUCACUCACACAUCCGGGAUGGGAGGUAGACAGCUAGGCUGUUUGGGCUUUUUAUGAAGGCUUUACUAGAGCACAAAUCCAACCAAAGGCAGAGCUGUCUCUCUGUGAGACUCUUGUGGUAUUUCUGCCAUCUGUGUGAAAAUAAACAGAAGUUCAAGGGAGAGCCAGACCCUUCCCACACCGGAAACGGGCUCUGGCUUCUAUCUCCUGGGGAGCAUUCCCUGCCACAGUCAUCAGGGCCUUGGGGGUCUAUUCCUUGGGGCCAAAGGAUUUUGGAACAAGGCAUUGCAGGGAUGGGUGUUUAUAAAGUAUGCUGCAUAUGACUAUUCACAUCAUAUCCUCUUGCAAAGGCAUCUGGGUGGGUGUCUCUGGGAAGGGCAUUGAUGUUGCUUCUUAAGCCAGCGCAGAUCCAGUGUCUGACUCAAGGAGUUGCUUUCCUGACUCCAGCUGGAAAGUCUAUUGCGCUUAUAGGUAACUCGUGCAAUAUUAGGCAUACAGAGGCUGCCAUAUUGCAGCAGGGUCCUGGUUCAGCUAACCUGGCAAUCUGUCUCUGACAGUGACUUAUAUAGCUCUUAUACUAUAUCCUUGGUAGAGAGAAGGGGGUUAUUUCCUGAGCUGUCCCAGCUGGUGACUACCCUGAGAGCCCAGAGCGCCUUUUCAGUUUUGUCUUAGCUGAUCUCACUGCAGCUGAUUUCUUUGAUGCACUAAACAUACUGGAUCGACUGAUUUAAUACAGAGCACACAAAAGUUGAGUGGCUUCCAUUAAAGUUAGCAUUUGCCAGUACCUAGCACGCUGUUAUCUGAGAGGAUAGGAUACAACUGCAGGUCUUGGAGACUGCUGUGGUCUGGUUACUGGCAAAUAAUUUAAUAAUGAUCACUGUCUGUCCUUUUUACCAAUUUAGACUUUAGCCCUUUCAAUGGCAUUCUUCUGAGCAUUCAUUACCCUGCAGUCUGGAAGAGAUCUAAGAGUUAAAAUUAUUGCUUUUUAAAGUAAUAUGCCUUCUUGUGCUUGUCUUGCAGGAAUGGGUAAAUAAUAGCGGGCCUUCUAUAAACCAUUUAUUUGAAAUAUAGAAUAUACUGCAUUCAUGAUGAAUAAAGUGAGGAACAGUUGCAUGGGAAUAUCAGAUAACCGAAGGAAAACUCUAUUGCGUGCUAAGGCACUCGGCAUAUUGAAAGCUUAGUUUUUGCUUAAUUUCUACAAAUUAAUAACAUUUAACAUAGCAAUUCCCUGCGGCCUGUCCUUGAUGGGGUGGGAAGGCUUGUGUGCUCCUGUGACCCUAAAAGCUAUGCCAUUGGGAGUUUUCACUCCCUGGCAGGGUCACCCAAGCAGAUUGGUCAAAGAGUAGGGACCAGAUGAAAAGGAAUCCACUGGUACUCCAGAUUGGGGGUUGAGUGAUAAGCCAACAAUUUAUCAUUGUAAAAAAAGAAAGGGGGGGAGGAGUUGAGUUAUGGAAACACAACAAAGUAGCCAUUCAGACAAACAAUGUGCCAAAAUAAUGGACUCUGUAUCGGCAGAAAUGAUAAGGGAAGCCUUCAGGAACCCAAAGAUUCUGACAGGUUCCUUACUGAAGGUAAAACAAAUUAGAAAAGUAGGUUUCUGCAACAUUUGAACAACAUUCAACAACCAAAGUUGUUCAACAACAACCAAAGUAACGCAAACAACCAAACAGACAGACAAAUAUAAUCUCAAAAUCUGUGGUUUAAGCAAUGGUCUGGAGCUGACAAAAAAAACACUUAAAAAUUAAAAUAUAGCCCUUAUAUGUUCAGGGAGGCAAGAUCGGUGCCACUCAGAGGGUACAACGUUAAUUUUGACUUCCAAAGCAGAAAAAUUGCUUAUAGACAGGGUGCCCAUUAGCAGCUGAUUGCUCUGAGCAAGGCUUCAAACAUGAUACGUGAAAAUGUCAGUUACUCAGUGUUACCAACAGACAACUAUGAUGACAAGAUCAAAGAUCAGUUCUCUAAUUGCCUACAAACUCCAGUUGACAACAUUCCCAAGCAUGACAUGUGCUUGUUAAUGGGGACUUCAAGGCCAAGGUUGGAGAUGACAGCAACAGAGUUGUGAGAGUGAUGGGCAGACAUGGGUUGCCAGAAUCUAAACGGUGAAAGAUUGGUAAAACCGUGCCUGGUAGCAGGGAUCAUAAUUGGUGGAACACUGUUCCUCCACAAAUAUAUCCACAAGGUAAUAUGGAAUUCCCCAGCUGGAGUUACCAGGAACAAGAUUGACUAUCUGUGGAUUGGAAGGAAAUUUAGAUCUACUCAUUAGGAUGUGUGAGCAUACAGAGGAGCAAGUAUCUGAAGUCACUACAAUUUGUGUGGCAACACUGAAGAUCUAAUUUUUCUAUACUUUCAUCUGUCUCUUGCUCUUAAUAUAUUUAUAGAACCUCUUCUUACUGUCUUUUAUGUCCCUUGCUAGGUAUAACUCAUUUUGUGCCCUAGCUUUUUUAUUUUGUUCCUAGACAAUAUUUUUUAGUAUUCAUCCAUAGCAAUUUGUCCAUGUUUCCACUUUUUGUAGAAUUCCUUUUUGAUAUUCACAUUAAUGAGCUCCUCAUGGAACCAUUUUGACCUCUUACUACCUUUCUAUCUUUCUUUUGCAUCGGGAUAGUUUGCUGUUGUGUCUUUAAUAUUGUCUCUUAAACUGCCCUGCACUCUCCUGAACUCCUUUUUCCCUUAGAUUUUCUUCCCAGGAGAGGUUGCCUACUAGUUUUCUUUAGAAACCGUGUCUAGGAAAUGUCUAACUUGUAGGUACAUAUAGAAAUCCCCAAAAGGGUCGUGUGCCCUGGAAAAAGUCUCCAAAGGUCAACUGUCCUUUGGCAGCCCACAUUUUUGAAAUUAGUGUCUUUCUAACCUGGAGGGACAGUAUUCAGGAAGUCAUUGAGAAUUUUGGGAUGGUACCAGAGUACCUGACUGCACUUUUCAAAGUGGUGCCUAGGACAGGACAUUGUCUGAUCUCUUGAGGGAACAAAGUGUUGCAGCCGUAAAUCAGGCUAGAAAGAAUAAAAGGAGAGUGAUACGCUGCUUCACUGGUCUGCUGUGUGUGGGGUAUUGUUUUGAAUUUCUGUACAAUGUAGCCAGUUCCAAACGUGGAAUUUAGAGCUGUCCAGUGAUAAAAUUUCCCAGUGUGGAGGUUACUAUCUUAUUUUGUUUUCUGUCUUUGGAGCCUCAACCAAGCCAGCUGAUAAUCUGUCUCUUCUCAGGCCAUGUAAAAUUACUACAUAUUUUCUCUCUAGUUCUCUCUCUCUUUUUUUUUUUUUAUCAAGUAGGUAAGAGUACUGGAAAAACAUCCAUUUUUAUCAAGUAGCAUCAGCCCAACAAGACUAUUCAAUAGUUGAGAUUCUGCAUCUUUUAUUUCUUCAUUUUCUCCUUUCCAAACUAAAAUGUCCUAGUCUCUGAGGUCAUUUUGUAUUGAACACUCCCUUCCCCAGUGCCUUACCUUUUUCUUUCUGCUCUCUGUUCCUGUGGAGUUGAUGGCCAAAGCUGAGUGCUGGAUUCCUGGUGAGGACACACCCUGAUUUACAAUAAUGUCCUUAUCAGGUUUCCCAUACUACUUUCUGUUCCUAGACAUUGUAGCUUUUGUUACUGUUGCUGUGUGGUGAGCAGAUGCCCUUCUGUGAACUGCUCACUGUGACCUCUCUCAUUAGAGGUUGCCACUAGUUCAGAGCCCAUUAGAGAGCAGAAAGAUUUAAAAUUGUUCUUUCCAAUGUGAGCUACGUUAUCACCUGCCACCAUGCUGCCCAUUUCCCUAGUGGUGUUGGUAUUGCACUCCGCCAACUGCCUAGGCUGGCUUCAUAUAAUUAGCUUUAAAACUAUUGCUAGGCUGUGCAGAAUGGGACCCUCUAACUCUCCUUGUUUAGCUGGUCCUCCUUCCUCCCAGCUCUCUGGAUAACAGGACAACUCAAAGUGCAUUGCCCCACAUUCUCCUGCACAGUAUACAUGGUUCUGGGUACACUCUCCCUUGCUGAGGCAGUGUGGGAUGAAAGCCCAGACUUUCCCAGAGUACAUUGAUGGAAACCCAGGUAGGCAGAGUCAUGAGUGCAUGGACGAACUUGGUGACAUGGUUGUGUUGUGAAAAAAGCUGCUGCAUGGACACAACUGAACCAUGUAUGUUGUAACUGGGUCAUUUGCGAGUGUCAGCCUUGUUACACCAACACAGAUGUAGUUACGGUGAGGGCACUCAGCUGUUCUCUGUGCACUCAGUUGGUCUCACAGCCCCAUUCACUCUUCCAUGGGCUUCCUGCUUCUCAUCUAAUUAAAUAACUUUUUAUUCUUUUUCAUAGCUUGGCUACUUCUUAUUCUCCAGCUUGUAACUGACCUGCCAGAGUUUGCCCCAGGCUAUUUGCCUCACUUGGCCUGGAUUUCUUCCUUCCCCUCUCUUUUUGUAUUUGUUUUUGGCCAAAAUAAACUCUUGUACCUGUGGAUUUUUCCUUCCCUUUUUCCUUCCUUUUAUUUGUUCUGGAGGAUGGAUCCCAUCUGUGAUUCUAAGUUAAUCUUAUGCAGCCUCCAUGCUGAUUCUGUGGUCUCUAAGUUCCUAUCAUUUUCCUUUAUCUUCACUCAUGCAAAGUUCCCCUGCUUGAAUUUCAGUUUCAGACCUGGCUGUAAGUCUGAUCGUCUGGAGAGGAUGUUGGAGCCAAUGCACAUUAUGGUAAUUGUUGAUGGCUCCACCGUACUUCCUGCACCAACGCCUGAAAAUUAUUCAGAACUAUGUUUAGAGUAGUCUCUGAUCUUGUCAGAUCCAGAACAAGAUGUUUCAAGAAGCAGUCACUCAUAGUAUCAAGAAAUUGUUUCUCUAGACCACAUCCUGAGGGGACCAUUGAUCAGUUGACAUCUAAGUAGCUGAAGUUGCCCCUUAUCACUCUUGUAGUACUUUGUUGCCCCUGUCUGAUUUCUCUCCCCCAUCCUGAUCUGCAGGUAUGUCCUUCCUACUAGAGGUAAUUUCUUUUGACCUAGGGAUUUUAUCCACAUGGGCUCUGCCUGAUGCUCCCCCUCUUGUAGGCAUUCUCUCUCAAGGAGACUGUGGAAUCCUGUGUGGGCAACGCUGUGGUGGCUCCCCAGCCUCUGUGACCAAACCUAACUUUCCUCUGUCAUUCAUAGUCAGGAUCUGCAAUAUCCCACUGCGUCUUACUUGUGAGCUUCAUGCACUGAGCAAGAAGCUGCUUGCCCUGCUAUGAUGCCAGGGCAGAUUCCGGAUCCAUCCCUGACAGCUGGCGCUCUGCCUGGGCUUGGCCCCUUGUCAGGACUCCCGGGCACCACCCUGACGGUGGAAGAGCUGAAGUACGCUGACAUCCGCAACAUUGGGGCUAUGAUCUCUCCACUGCAUUUCUUGGAGGUGAAACUUGGGAAGAGGCCCCAGCCUGUGAAAAGUGAGCUGGACGAGGAAGAGGAGAGGAGGAAAAGACGCCGUGAGAAAAACAAAGUAGCAGCAGCUCGAUGUCGCAACAAGAAGAAGGAAAGGACAGAGUUCCUGCAGCGGGAGUCAGAGCGUCUGGAGCUCAUGAAUGCUGAGCUGAAAGCCCAGAUAGAGGAGCUGAAGCAGGAGAGGCAGCAGCUGAUUCUAAUGCUAAACAGACACCGUCCCACUUGCAUUGUGCGGACAGACAGCAUCAAGACACCGGAGAGUGAAGCCAACCCACUGCUUGAACAACUAGAGAAAAAGUGAAGGUAGCACUGGCCAGGACAAGGAGGAGACAACAAAUUGGGGUCUCCAAAAAUGUCGCCUAUGUACUGUAUGAAGAACUGUGCACCAAGGCCUUGUCCAGCCAGAAUCCAGUGGGCUUUCUUGGGGAUUACAGGCCAACCAAAUAAGGGAAAGGAGAAGAUCAAGAACCUGCCAUUCACCCCACUCUGAGGCUGAACCUGGGAUGGGUCUAGCAGCUGUGGUGAGGGCAACCACUUGCAAUACCUCUUCGUGGCCCUUCAGCCAGCUCACCAGCCCCAGGGAUCAAGCAAGCAGCCUGCUGCAGGGCGUCCUGAAGCUGGAUCACAUUGAGAUAUGGGGAGGGGAAGCUGCAACUUCCUCUCUUCCCACACCUACUGGUAUGCACCUGGCUGGGAGUGAAGGCUUGAUCCAGGAGAAAUGAACAUGUGUGGGAGAUGGAUGGCAGGCAGAGACAUGCUGGCUGUAUCUCCCAGGUCUGUCCUAUCUCCGUCCCUCUGGAUCCUGCCACUGCUCCUUGCGCACACUCCGGAAUGGAAUCCGAAACAAAGAAUUGCAAACACUUGACACAAGCCCUGCCUUGCGGCUGGGCCUGUCCAUGGCACUGUGGCGCAGGCGCCCCACAAGCACACUCAGUAUAAUGUUUACAGCCCAGCUGUCCCUGUUGGCCGUGCUUUUGAAUGCACAUUUUUACACUUUUUUAUAUUUUUUACAAAGUUUUUAUACAGCUGUCUCUAUAUGGAUUUAUAUAAUCACUAGAUGUGAUCCCAUAGAAAUGUAUGUUAUAAUGGUCCGUUUGUUACAAAUGCAUAUGCCACAGUUAUCUCAUUGUGUUACUUGUUAGGUAGCGUCUGGCUCCUUUUCCCUCGGCAUGCUGGGAAAGGGGCCCAUACAGCCCUCCACAAUGGCUCCACUACCAUCUCCAUCCAUGUACGUUCUUCGUAAUAUGCAGUCCUGUAUCUCGCAGUAAAUGUUACUUUGACUUA